AUGGAGCCGGAGAUGGUGGGGGCGGGCUCGCGGCGCCGGCGGCCUCAAGGCUAUCAGCGGCGGCAUGGCGACCUCGGGGAGGGAGCGUCUGUGCCGGGAGGCAGCCACCGGCGGGGCACCACCGGGGGCUGCGCCGCGCAGCCUGGGAGCCACCGGGCCGGCAGUGCGAAGCGUGCGGAGGUGGCCGCGCGCAGGCACAGGAGAGCUAGUGAGGGUAGCACAGGCCGGCUUCCAACCACGCCUCGUGCUCCUCUGCAUGCCCCUUCCACUUCUGCUGGUACAGCCAGGAAGGAAACUGACCCUGAUCUGAUCCCUAUCCCUACUCCCAGAACUAGAGGAGAUGCUCAACCUGCCAUGGCUUUGCAGGUCACCGGCGCCCUAUUUGUAGGUAGGCAAGCAGCCUGCAGCAAUGGUGGAGUAGUACUGAUUCAGUGGUGCUCGCUCCAGUAG